GACUUUACAAUGUUCCACCGAUGCCGGAGACGUUCAGGCAUUGAUAUUAAAACGAAAGCAUCGCCACCUGCCCUGCAUCCCUCGCACAUGUUGAGGAGCUGUCUCCUGCUGGUCUUGGUCCUGCUCCUGGGAUCCUCUCAGGCCGCCUCCAGUGAUAAGGAGCGGGAGAGGAGACUGGAGGUGUCCGAGGGAGUGCCCGUGGAUCAUCAGAUCGGCUAUAUAGGUGACUUCGAUGGCAUCGACAGUGGGCCACCGUACAUCAUUGUGGCCGAAACGGGAGUGGAGACAGAUCUGGCCAUAGACCAAUCCACGGGGGAGAUACGCACCAAGGUCAAGCUGGACAGGGAAACGAGGGCAUCCUACAGUCUGGUGGCCAUUCCCCUGAGUGGUCAGAAUAUCCGAGUGGUGGUCACGGUCAAGGAUGAGAAUGACAACGCUCCCACGUUCCUGCAACCCUCGAUGCACAUAGAGUUCCCAGAGAACACACCCAGGGAGGUGAAGAGGACUCUGCUCCCAGCCAGGGAUCUCGACCUGGAACCCUACAACACCCAAAAGUACAAUAUUGUGUCGGGUAAUGUAAAUGAUGCCUUCCGGCUAUCAUCGCACCGGGAACGGGAUGGUGUUUUGUAUUUGGAUCUGCAGAUCAGCGGUUUUCUGGACAGGGAAACCACACCGGGUUAUAGUCUCCUCAUUGAAGCCCUGGACGGGGGCAGUCCUCCAUUGAGGGGUUUCAUGACUGUGAACAUAACUAUCCAGGAUGUUAAUGACAAUCAACCGAUCUUCAAUCAGAGUCGAUACUUUGCCACAGUCCCCGAGAAUGCCACCGUGGGCACAAGUGUCCUUCAGGUUUAUGCCUCCGAUACGGAUGCCGAUGAAAAUGGUCUCGUGGAAUAUGCCAUCAAUAGGAGGCAAAGCGAUAAGGAGCAAAUGUUUCGCAUUGAUCCUCGAUCGGGAGCCAUCUACAUCAAUAAGCCACUGGAUUUCGAGACCAAGGAACUUCACGAACUCGUCGUGGUGGCCAAAGAUCAUGGCGAGCAGCCGCUGGAGACGACGGCCUUCGUCUCCAUACGGGUCACCGAUGUCAACGACAAUCAGCCAACAAUAAAUGUGAUUUUCCUGAGCGACGAUGCAUCCCCAAAGAUCUCAGAGUCGGCACAGCCGGGUGAGUUUGUGGCCAGGAUAUCGGUGCAUGAUCCCGACUCGAAGGCGGAAUAUGCCAAUGUGAAUGUCUCGUUGAACGGCGGAGAUGGUCACUUUGCAUUGACCACCAGGGACAAUAGCAUUUACUUGGUCAUUGUGAAUCUGCCGCUGGACAGAGAGAUGGUCUCCAAUUACACCCUGAGUGUGGUGGCCACCGAUAAGGGUACACCGCCGUUGCAUGCCUCAAAGUCCAUCUUCCUACGAAUCACCGAUGUCAAUGAUAAUCCCCCAGAGUUCGAGCAGGAUUUGUAUCAUGCCAAUGUCAUGGAGGUGGCUGAUCCUGGGACAUCCGUUCUUCAGGUUCUCGCCCACGAUCGGGAUGAGGGUUUGAACUCCGCUCUCAGCUAUUCCCUGGCUGAGACACCCGAGACCCAUGCCCAGUGGUUCCAGAUUGAUCCACAGACGGGACUGAUCACCACACGAUCCCACAUCGAUUGCGAAACGGAGCCAGUGCCUCAGCUCACUGUUAUUGCCAAGGAUGGUGGAGUCCCACCGCUCACAUCCACUGCCACCGUUCUGGUGACCAUUCACGAUGUUAACGACAACGAACCGAUCUUCGACCAGAGUUUCUACAAUGUUUCCGUAGCUGAGAACGAACCCGUGGGCAGGUGCAUACUCAAGGUCUCUGCCAGCGAUCCAGACUGUGGAGUGAAUGCCAUGGUAAACUAUACCCUGGGCGAGGGUUUCAAGCAUCUCACCGAGUUUGAGGUGCGUUCCGCCUCCGGUGAAAUCUGCAUUGCCGGCGAGCUUGAUUUCGAAAGGAGAAGCAGCUACGAGUUUCCCGUAUUGGCCACGGAUCGCGGUGGUCUCAGCACCACGGCCAUGAUCAAAAUGCAGUUGACGGACGUCAAUGACAACCGGCCAGUGUUCUAUCCCCGCGAGUACAAUGUAUCCCUGAGGGAAUCCUCUCAAGCCACCUCGCAGGCAGCGGCAGCAAGUACACCAAUUGUGGCCGUUGUGGCCACAGAUCCGGAUUCAGGGAACUUUGGCCAUGUCUCGUACCGGAUUGUGGCCGGCAAUGAGGCUGGAAUCUUUCGGAUUGAUCGCUCCUCCGGUGAGAUUUUCGUGGCCCGUCCGGACAUGUUGUCCGUUCGAACUCAGGCCAUGCACAUGCUCAAUAUCUCGGCCACCGAUGGCGGCGGCCUGAGGAGCCGAGCGGAUGCUGUGGUCUUCCUUAGCAUCAUUGAUGCCAUGCAGCGACCACCGAUCUUCGAGAAGGCCCGAUACAAUUACUACGUGAAGGAGGACAUACCGAGGGGCACGGUUGUGGGUUCAGUGAUUGCCACGAGUGGAGACACCGCCCAACGGAGUCCUGUGAGAUACUCGAUUUAUUCUGGCGAUCCCGAUGGUUAUUUCAGCAUUGAAGCCAGCUCGGGAAAUAUUCGCAUUGCCAAACCCUUGGACCAUGAGGCCAAAUCCCAAGUUUUACUUAAUAUCCAAGCCACAUUGGGUGAACCUCCUGUUUAUGGACACACUCAGGUGAACAUCGAAGUUGAGGAUGUCAAUGAUAAUGCCCCGGAAUUCGAGGCCAGUAUGAUGAGAAUAUCUGUGCCGGAAAAUGCAGAGCUGGGUGCUCCUCUAUAUGUUGCGCAUGCGCACGACAAGGAUUCGGGUAGCAGUGGCCAGGUUAGCUAUAGUUUGGUCCGGGAUUCGGGAAAACGUCUCUUUGCAAUCGAUCCGAGAUCUGGACACUUGGUUUUAUCACAACAUCUGGAUUAUGAGACCUCUCAGAGACAUACUCUGAUAGUAACUGCUACGGAUGGAGGAGUUCCUUCGCUUUCAACGAACCUCACCAUUUUGGUAGAUGUUCAGGAUGUCAACGAUAAUCCGCCAGUGUUUGAAAGAGAGGAAUAUUCAGUGAAUGUCUCGGAAUCGCGAUCGAUUAAUGCUCAGAUUAUUCAGGUUAAUGCCAGCGAUCUGGACACGGGCAACAAUGCCAGGAUCACCUAUAGAAUAGUGGACGCCGGCGUGGACAAUGUCACGAAUUCCAUUAGCAGCUCCGAUGUGGCCCAGCACUUUGGCAUCUUCCCCAACUCUGGAUGGAUCUACCUGCGUGCUCCGUUGGAUCGGGAGGCCAGGGAUCGCUACCAAUUGACCGUACUGGCCACGGAUAAUGGGACACCGGCUGCCCAUGCUAAGACCCGAGUCACUGUGCGUGUCCUCGAUGCCAAUGACAAUGAUCCCAAGUUCCAGAAAUCCAAAUACGAGUUCCGCAUCGAGGAGAACCUCAGGCGGGGCUCCAUCGUGGGUGUGGUGAUGGCCACUGAUCUGGAUUUGGGUGAGAAUGCGGCCAUACGAUAUAGCCUGCUGCCGGCCAAUUCCAGCUUCCAGGUGCAUCCCGUCACAGGUGAAAUCUCCACCCGGGAACCCCUCGACCGGGAGCUCCGUGAACUCUAUGACCUUAUGGUGGAGGCCCGGGAUCAGGGUGUUCCAGUAAGAAGUGCCCGAGUUCCCGUUCGCGUCCACGUGAGCGAUGUCAACGAUAAUGCCCCAGAGAUUGCUGAUCCCCAGGAGGAUGUGGUUAGUGUGCGUGAAGAGCAACCAUCGGGCACAGAGGUGGUGCGCAUAAGAGCCAUCGAUCGGGAUUAUGGACAGAAUGCCUCCAUCACCUAUUCGAUUGUCAAGGGUCGUGACUCCGAUGGACAUGGUCUGUUCAGCAUUGACCCCAGCACGGGAGUAAUUCGCACUCGCGUGGUCUUGGAUCACGAGGAGCGGAGCAUCUAUCGCCUGGGAGUGGCCGCCUCGGAUGGCGGAAGUCCGCCCAGGGAAACGGUACGGAUGCUCCGUGUCGAGGUCUUGGAUCUCAACGACAAUCGGCCAACAUUCACCAGCUCCAGUCUGGUGUUUAGGGUACGCGAGGAUGCUGUCGUGGGUCAUGUGGUUGGUUCCAUCAGUCCCAGUGAGCGUCCGGCGGAUGUGAUCCGGAACAGCAUAGAGGAGGAGGUGGCUGCCGAUUCAGAGGAGCUUCGCAUCACCUACACUUUGAAUCCCCUAACCAAGGACCUCAUCGAGGGUGCUUUCGAUAUCGAUAGACAUUCGGGUAACCUUGUGGUGGCCCGUCUCCUGGACAGGGAACUACAGUCCGAGUUCCGCUUAGAGAUCCGAGCUCUGGACACCACGACUAGCAAUAAUCCGCAAAGUAGUGCCAUUACCGUGAAGAUUGAGGUGGCCGAUGUCAAUGAUAAUGCUCCAGAAUGGCCACAGGAUCCCAUUGAUUUGCAGGUGAGUGAGGCCACUCCCCUUGGCACAAUUAUCCACAACUUUACGGCCACGGAUGCAGACACGGGAACGAAUGGAGAACUCCAGUACCGCCUUUUGCGCUAUUUUCCCCAAUUAAACGAGAGUCAGGAGCUGGCAAUGCCACUCUUUGCAAUCGAUUCCUUGACGGGAUCGCUUAGCCUGCAGGCUCAGUUGGAUUUUGAAGCUGUGCAGGAAUAUCUGCUCAUUGUCCAGGCCCUGGAUCAAUCAUCGAAUAUCACCGAGAGAUUGCAGACUUCGGUUACGGUGAGACUACGAAUCCUGGAUGCCAAUGACAAUGCCCCGCAGUUUGUGUCCCCGAAUACAAAUGGUGGCAAGAUGGCUUCACUGUUCAUCAGUGAUGCCACAAGGAUUGGUGAAAUUGUGGCUCACAUUGUGGCCAUCGACGAGGAUUCGGGUGACAAUGGACGCAUUAAUUAUGAAAUAACCGGUGGCAAUGGAGAAGGUCGCUUCCGGAUUAAUGCUCAAACGGGACUUGUGGAGCUGGUCAAAUCCCUGCCGCCGGCACCCGAGGAUGUGGAAAAGAGUGGCCGUUUCAGCCUGGUCAUCAGUGCCCGGGAUAAUGGGCAACCAGAGCCAAGGAGAAGCAGUCUAAACCUGCAACUGAUUGUCCAAGGCAAUCAUAAUACCCCUCGAUUCCUGCAGGCUGUCUAUCGUUCGACGAUCUUGGAGAAUGUGCCCAGUGGCAGCUUUGUCCUGCAGGUCACAGCAAAGUCCUUUCACGGCGGAGAAAAUGCAAAUCUAAGCUAUGAAAUCCCCGCCGGUGUUGCCCAAGAUCUGUUCCAUGUGGACUGGCAGCGUGGCAUUAUAACCACGCGAGGUCCCUUUGACCGGGAAUCCCAGGCUAGCUAUAUCCUGCCUGUCUAUGUCAGAGAUGCCAACCGCUUGGCCACAUCCUCCUCCCAGUCGGCGGUGAGGAAACAGCGCUCCUCGGAGAGCAAUGGCGAGGGUAACAAUGGCCAACACUUUGAUGUGGCCACCGUGUACAUCACCAUCGGGGAUGUCAAUGAUAAUACACCGGAAUUUCGACCCGGAUCAUGCUAUGGCUUAUCUGUUCCCGAGAACAGUGAGUCCGGAGUGAUUCACACUGUGGUGGCCAGCGAUUUGGAUGAAGGUCCCAAUGCGGAUUUAAUUUACAGUAUUACAGGUGGUAAUCUUGGCAACAAGUUCACCAUCGAUGCCCGUUCCGGAGAGCUAAGUGCUCGUCCCUUAGACCGGGAACAGCAAUCCCGAUACUCUCUGCAGAUCCAAGCCUCCGAUCGUGGUCAGCCGAGGAGUCGUCAGGGACACUGUAACAUCACCAUUUUGGUGGAGGAUCAAAACGACAAUCCGCCGCGGUUCAAGCUUCCCAAGUACGUGGCCAGUGUCCAGGAGGACGCACCACUCGGGACGAGUGUGAUGCAGAUCAGUGCCUCGGACGCAGACUUGGGUGUGAAUGCCAGACUCGUUUACUCUUUGGCGAAUGAAACCCAAUGGCAGUUUGCCAUCGACAGCGAAAGCGGAUUAAUCACCACUGUCGGCAAACUGGAUCGCGAGCUGCAGGCAAGCUACAGCUUCAUGGUUUUGGCCACGGACGGAGGACGCUACGAGGUGAGAUCGGCUUCGGUUUCGGUACAGAUCAAUGUACUGGAUGUGAACGACAAUAGGCCGGUCUUCGAAAGAUAUCCGUACAUUGGCCAGGUUCCGGCUCUUAUCCAACCGGGACAGACAUUGCUCAAGGUGCAGGCCCACGAUGCCGAUCUGGGUGGCAAUGGAGAGGUGAUCUAUUCUCUGAAAGCGGAGAAUUCCGCAAUUAGUGGCAAGUUCCGGAUAAAUCCCAGCACAGGUGCUUUGAGUGCCUCACAGAGUUUGGCCAGCGAAUCCGGCAAAUUGCUACAACUGGAAGUGUUGGCCAGGGAUAAGGGAAAUCCACCGCAAUCCAGUGUGGGUCUCAUUGAACUCCUGGUGGGUGAGGCUCCCCAAGGAGUGCCUGUUUUGCACUUUCAAAACGAAACCUACAGAGUCAAGGUCAAGGAGAAUUCUCCAUCGGGUACAAAGAUUAUCCAAGUUGUAGCCCUUCGAAGCGAUGGUCGUCGGCAAAGGGUGCAAUUCUCCUUUGGAGCUGGUAACGAAGAUGACAUUUUCUCCCUGGAUUCGAUUUCCGGAGAGAUCAGAGUGAAUAAACCGCAUCUACUGGACUUUGAUCGCUUUGCCACGCCCUCCAUGUCAGCCCUGAACCGGGGUAGAGCCCUGCACUACGAAGAGGAAUUGCAGGAGACAUCCGAGGAGGAUUCCAGCAACACCACACGAUCCCAACGAGCUUUGACAUCCACAUCUUUCGACCUGACCAACAGCCAACCCAAUGAGAUGCAUGUGGUAAUCGUGGCUCGGAGCACGGAUGCACCAUUCCUUACCACAUACUCGGAGCUUGUGAUUGAAUUGGAGGAUGAGAACGACAAUAGUCCACAAUUUUCGCAAAAACAAUUUGUGGCCACCGUUUCCGAGGGCAAUAGCAAGGGUACCUUUGUGGCCCAAGUUCAGGCCUUUGAUUCGGAUGCGGGUUCCAACUCCAGGUUGAGAUAUCACAUCGUUGAUGGCAACCACGACAAUGCCUUUGUCAUUGAGCCUGCUUUCAGUGGCAUAGUGAAAACAAAUAUCGUCUUGGAUCGCGAAAUCCGUGAUAUCUACAACCUCAAGGUCAUCGCUACGGAUGAAGGAGUGCCCCAGAUGACGGGCACGGCCACAAUAAGGGUACAGAUUGUGGAUGUUAAUGAUAAUCAACCCACCUUUCCACCCAACAAUCUUGUCACAGUCAGUGAAGGCACUGAACUGGGAGCCGUAAUAACCUCCAUUUCCGCCAACGAUGUGGACACUUAUCCCGCUCUUACCUAUCGACUUGGUAACGAAUCUCCCCUGGACACUGAGAACUUGUCCAUCUUUGCCUUGGAUCGCUAUAGUGGAAAGUUGGUUCUGAAGCGUAGAUUGGACUAUGAACUGCAGCAGGAAUACGAGGUCGAGGUGAUAGCUUCCGAUGCAGCUCAUGAAGCUCGCACAAUCCUGACUGUUCGGGUGAACGAUGAAAAUGAUAAUGCACCCAUAUUCCUGGCCCAACAACCCCCGGCCUACUUUGCCAUAUUGCCAGCGUUGUCCGACAUUAGUGAUAGUUUAUCCAUGGAUAUAGAACUGCUGACUGUGAAUGCAACAGAUGCGGAUGCCGAAGGCCAGAACUCCCGUGUUCAGUACUCGAUAGAGCCACCACUGGAAGGGUUCUCUAUGCAUCCCACAAGUGGUGUUGUCUUUGUCAACAUGAGCAGAUUGCAACUCUCAGCAGCCUCCCCGAGCGGAGAUUACUUUGUGAGAAUCUUGGCCAAGGAUGGCGGCAAGCCACCUAUGAAAAGUUCCACUCUUUUGCGAGUUCAGCCCAGUGACAGUGGCUCAGGGAGGUCGCAGUUCCAGCAGACACAAUAUAGGGCACAAAUCAGUGAGGCUGCUGCACUUGGUUCGAUUGUACUCCAACUGGGACAAGAUGUCCAGGAUCAGGCAUUUGCAAUUGUGUCUGGAAACGAGGAGGGCGCGUUCGAGUUACUUCAAUCCAAGGCUAUUGUCCUGGUCAAGCCUUUGGAUAGGGAACGCAAUGAUCUGUAUAAACUUCGCUUGGUUUUAAGUCAUCCCCAUGGUUCGGCACCUUCUUCAAGCUCAAAUUCUACUUCUGGAAUCUCCGUGAUAAUUACCAUUCUCGAUGCCAAUGACAACUAUCCCGUUUUCGACCGAAGUGCCAAGUACGAGGCGGAGAUCAGUGAAUUAGCUCCCCUGAGGUACUCCAUAGCUCAGUUACAGGCAAUCGAUGCUGAUCAGGAGAAUACGCCAAACUCCGAAGUGGUGUACGACAUCACCUCGGGCAAUGAUGAGCACAUGUUCACCAUAGAUCUGGUGACGGGUGUACUCUUUGUGAAUAAUAGAUUGGACUAUGACAGCGGUGCCAAGAGCUAUGAGCUCAUUCUUCGAGCCUGCGAUAGUCACCAUCCGAGGCCUCUUUGUACCCUGCAACCCUUCCGAUUGGAACUCCACGAUGAGAAUGACAAUGAACCCAAGUUCCCGCUCUCUGAAUACGUUCACUUUCUGGCCGAGAAUGAACCAGUUGGUAGCUCCGUUUUCCGGGCUCAUGCCAGUGAUUUGGACAAAGGACCCUUUGGACAGCUUAACUACAGCAUUGCACCAGCUCCCAACGAUGACAGUUCGUGGAAACUUUUCCGGGUGGAUCCGGAAACGGGUGUGGUCACAUCCGCCUCCGUUUUCGACUACGAACAGAGGCAGCGCUAUGACCUGGAACUCCAGGCAUCCGAUAUGGGCGGCAAACGGGCCCGAGUGGCAGUGCGAGUGGAAAUCGAGUCAAGGGAUGAGUUUACACCACAGUUUACGGAGCGCACUUAUCGGUUCGUCCUGCCAGCGGCAGUGGCUCUGCCCCAGGGCUUCGUGGUGGGUCAGGUCACGGCCACGGAUGGCGACAGUGGUCCGGAUGGCAGAGUGGUUUACCAGCUGAGCGCCCCCCACUCGCACUUUAAGGUGAACCGCAGCAGUGGUGCUGUCCUGAUCAAGAGGAAACUAAAGUUGGACGGCGAUGGAGAUGGUGGCAAUCUGUACAUGGAUGGUCGUGACAUCAGCCUGGUAAUCUCUGCAUCGUCGGGACGUCACAACUCCCUCUCCAGCAUGGCUGUUGUGGAGAUUGCUCUGGAUCCUUUGGCCCAUCCUAGCACAAAUCUGGCCAGUGCUGGCGGUGCUUCAGGUGGCGGCUCUAUGGGCGAUUGGGCCAUAGGAAUUGUUGUGGCCUUUCUCCUUAUCCUUUGUGCUGCUGCUGGCAUCUUUCUAUUCAUCCACAUGAGAAGUCGAAAGCCUAGGAAUGUGGUGAAGCCUCAUCUCAGCACGGAGACUGUGGGUGUGGGCAAUUCCAAUAGCUAUGUUGAUCCCAGUGCCUUUGAUACGAUACCCAUUCGAGGCGGGAUCACUGGUGGUGCUGCGGGAGCAGCUUCUGGUCAGUUUGCUCCUCCAAAAUAUGACGAAAUUCCUCCGUUUGGUCCUCAUGCCGGCAGCUCGGGAGCAGCCACCACCUCUGAGCUUUCCGGCUCCGAACAGUCUGGUUCAAGUGGUCGAGGAUCGGCGGAAGAUGAUGGCGAGGAUGAGGAAAUCCGGAUGAUCAACGAGGGACCACUGCAUCACCGAAACGGAGGAGCUGGAGCUGGCAGUGAUGAUGGCAGAAUCUCGGAUAUAUCUGUGCAAAAUACCCAGGAGUACUUGGCCCGCUUGGGCAUCGUAGACCAUGAUCCCAGUGGUGGCGGUGGAGGUGCCUCCAGCAUGGCUGGUUCCAGUCACCCGAUGCACAUGUUCCACGAUGAUGAUGCCACCGCCAGAUCGGAUAUCACGAACCUCAUCUAUGCCAAGCUAAACGACGUCACGGGAGCGGGUUCGGAGCGUGGGAGUAGUGCCGAUGAUGCGGGAACCACUGCGGGUUCAAUUGGUACCAUUGGCACAGCCAUUACCCAUGGCCAUGGAGUGAUGGGCAGCUACGGUGAAGUCCCUGUCCCUGUCCCCGUCGUCGUGGGUGGCAGCAAUGUGGGCGGAUCCCUGAGUUCCAUCGUACACAGCGAGGAGGAGCUUACUGGGAGCUACAACUGGGAUUAUCUCCUGGACUGGGGACCCCAGUACCAACCGCUGGCCCAUGUCUUUUCCGAGAUAGCGAGACUGAAGGAUGACACCAUCUCUGAGCAUAGUGGACACAGCGGCAGUGGUGCCAGUUCGUCCGCCAAGAGCAAACACUCGUCCUCGGGAGCGGGCAGUGUGGUGCUGAAGCCACCACCCUCGGCCCCCACUCACAUACCACCGCCGCUCUUGACCAAUGUGGCACCACGAGCGAUUAACCUGCCAAUGAGGCUGCCACCCCACCUGAGUUUGGCUCCCGCUCAUCUGCCACGUUCACCCAUAGGUCAUGAGGCAAGCGGUAGCUUCAGCACAUCCUCAGCAAUGUCACCGUCCUUCUCCCCUUCACUUUCACCAUUGGCCACAAGGUCACCAUCGAUAUCGCCUCUGGGAGCGGGGCCUCCAACGCAUUUGCCGCAUGUCUCAUUGCCACGACAUGGCCACGCCCCACAGCCCAGUCAGCGAGGGAAUGUGGGCACAAGGAUGUAGGAUGUAAAUGGAAUAGUAGGAUAAUUAAGUCCAGAAGAUGUACAUGCAUAUAGUAUUACUUGCACACACUCACACUAAACACGCACACAUCGCCCAUUAACAAUUGUUUGUAUAUAUAUUUUAUACAUAUAGCACACAUUAAAAUAUUAUUAGUUGGGAUUGUCCAUUGCACAUAAUGGCCUCAGGUGGGGCAGGGUUGAGAUUGCAACUAGGAAAUUACUUAAUAAACUUCAAUAUUUAUGAGCCUUGAAACUAAUUAAAUGCUAAUUUGAUAUAUAUAAAGAAAUUCCAGCCUAAUAACACAGGCAUCAUCAUUAUAAAGACAUAAAAUAAUUUAAACAAGUAGCAGCAAUCUCUUCCAGUAGCCUCAUUCGGGGCAUUCGGUGCAGGGUGCAGAUCCCAGGGUAACAAAAACGAACGAAUGAAAGACCACAAAGCCAACAUAGACUCUCUGAAAACUCCUUUGCUUGCACACAACCGAGAGCCAAAAAAGCGAGGAGGAGCAGCAGCUGCAGGAGGAGCCGGAACAGCCAUAAGUUGUAAGCAUUUAGAGCCUAGGAAUAGUAACCAACGAAUAACUCCGACUCGAACUCUAACUCGAACCGAAUUCGCUCGAAUCUGUAUCUGUAUCUGUAUCUGUAGCCUAAGUAUCCGUACGUAGCCUAAGUAUCUCUGUAACUGUAGAUGUAGCAUAGGACUGUAACCCUAAACUCGUUUUUUAUGGGAGCAAAAGCAAAAAAAAACCAAGUGCACUUAAGCAGACCGCCUAUCCCUGUUUUAAAGGGGAUCAAGCCAUGCCUGCGAUUCACAUUUCCAUCUCCAUCUCCAUAUCCAUUCCAUAUAUUCUGCUCUGAGAGAGAGACGAGCGGAAAAUUGUAAAAAGUUGUUUAAGUAAUCAUUGUUGGGGAGAAACAGAAAUCAGAAAUAAACCCUUCCUUCAUCUUCUUGCUGUGUAAAAACCGAAAUAAAUGAAUAGUAAACCAAGAAGAUGAUAGAUUCGAUGGAGAAAUCUUUUAAGUAUAGACUAGUUACCAGUUAUUAUUAUAUAUAUAUCUAUAUAGAUCUUAGACCUUAGUGUAUAUUAUCCACAUGUGUGUGAUGCUACUUGUGUAAUUUCUUAUUUUCUAGCAAAAAACGAAUCUGUAUAAAUGUUCACCAGUCUCUCUCUAAGGAUCCUCUUAGCCCCUAAGCCCCGCGAAUAGUUUAUAAUAGCGAAAAAAAAACGA